UUUCUCUUCUAUCUUCACUUUCUCUCUUUUCCUUUAUAUAUCAUUCAUAAAGUAAAGCUAACACAUAAAGCCAUCCCACAAACGAAACAAAAACAUUCUUUCUUGCACUAAGGAGAGCAGGUGCAGUCUUGUAGACAAACAAGGUUUCCAAUCAUGGAUGGGUUAGCUCCUAAUUCAUGUCCAAGACAAGGAUUAGAGAAGAAAGCAAGGCCACAAGAGCAAAUAAAUUGUCCAAGAUGCAAUUCAACCAACACAAAAUUUUGUUAUUACAACAACUAUAGUCUCACACAACCAAGAUACUUUUGCAAGACAUGUAGAAGGUAUUGGACUGAAGGAGGAUCUCUAAGAAAUGUUCCUGUUGGAGGUGGAUCAAGAAAGAACAAGAAAGUAAUUAAUCCUUCAUCAACAAAAAUUCCUGACCUAAAUCCACCAACCCUAGUCCAAGUCUCACCUCUUUCGAAUUCGCAAAACCCUAAAAUGCAAGGAGGUCAAGAUCUUAACCUAGCUUUUCCAUCUAUGGAAAACUAUCAUCAACAUCAUCAUGGUAUGUCCUCAUAUGUUGAGAUGCAUAAUAAUAAUGAAUCAUCUUCGUCGGCUCUUGAUCUACUUAGGUCUAGCAUGGCAUCUAGAGGAUUAAAUCCUUAUGCUAAUAAUAAUAAUACUUUGAUGACAAACUCAAAUACUAUUUUUCCAAGUGGAUUUCCCAUGCAAGAAGUUAAACCUAGUCUUGGUUUUUCAAUUGAUGGAAUUAAUGGAAAUAGAUCAUAUGAUGAUCAUGUUCAUGUUCAAGAAGGUGGUGGUGGAAGACUUUUGUUCCCUUUUGGAGAUGUUAAUAAACAACUUUCUACAAGUGGUGUUGAAGUGGAACACAAUAAAGAACAAGGAAAUUCAACUGGAUUUUGGAAUGGAAUGAUUGGUGAAGGAUCAUGGUAAUUAAUUAAGAAGAAAAAGAAGUUGAAGGACAAGGAAAUUAAAGUGAGAUCAACAUCAUGCAUUACCUUCUUUAUUUCUCUAUUUUUCCUCUUUAAUGGCUAUCAUUUGUCUUAAGUUGUUCAAAACUAACACUAGCAUCAAUGCAAAUGCACUGCUAAAAAAAUUAAAUUAGCGGCAAGAAAUUAAAAACGAAAAAUAUGAAAUUACAGACUCAUUUGUAUUUUUUUCGUCUUUAAUAUUUUUGCCGAUAAUUUUAUUUUCUUUAGUAUUUUACUUUGUUUUGUAUACAAUUAAUGCCUUUGGUAUUAAUUUGAGUAAUGUGAGGAUUGUUUUCAUAUGUAGAGGGAUAGAAGAAUACGUGAAUAUUGGGCCUUGUUUUUGUCCAUGGCAUGCAAGCUUUAUUCAUGAAUUCUUCUUUUAAGAAGUAGAUUGGUUUGAUUUAUAUAUGUUUUUUCUAUA